AUGGACUACGAAGAAAAUUUAGAGGCCCCUGUUUGGGACGAACUAAAUCACGAAGAAGACUCUGCUCAGAAUGCCAUUCCAAAUCAAAGUGAAUCAGUUGGCAAGUCACCUGCACUCAGAGAAGGGGAGACAAAGCUUCCAAAGGAUAGCACAUCAUUUGAUAACGGAACAGAUGUACACAUUGCCCCAAAAUGGAAGGAUCCAGGUUUAUCGAUAGCUGACAAUCUGCUGGUGGAGGAGCAAGAAGACAAUGAUAAUUCCAAAGCAAAUGCCCUAAUUGACUCUUUGGCUCCAGAAAAGGAUCCGAUCGCGGCUCUCAAGAAUGACGCUACACAGUUUCUUGUGAUGAAGGACUCUAGCGACGCAUUGUUUGCAGGCAACGCCAACUCUCCCUUAGUUUUUGAUGAUGCAAUAAUUAAUGGUGACACUUCUACGAGUGCUAAUUCAAAAAAUAUAUCCGGAAGAAGAUCUGGAAAACCACGGAUUCUUUUUGACUCCACUAAAUCUCAACGAAACUCUAGACGUAUUCAUUCUUUAAAAACGACGAAGACAAUCACCUCCGAUAAUGCUAGCAAAUCACCAUUUAUCGAUCCAUUGAAAAAGGCUGAAAAGGAGAAUGAGUUUGUUGAAGAACCACUGGAUGAUGAAAAUGAGAAUGAGAAAAAAGGAACGAAUGAGGGAAAUACCGCGGCUUCCACCAAGAAGAGUAUCCUCGAGCAAGUAGAUAAGCCCUUAUAUAAUCUACCUCAAAGAACAGAAAAUACUGCAAGCCCUGCCAAGGCCGAAGGAGACUCGAAAAAGGUGAGGAAUACUAAAGCAGAGCCAAACGUAUCAUUCGCUAAACAGGAUUUCAACGUUGAAGUGAAAGAUCCUGUCAAAGUAGGAGAACUAACAUCCGUACACGUGGAAUAUACUGUAAUAAGUGAAUCACCAUUACUCGAUCUAAAAUAUUCACAAGUAAGCAGACGUUAUAGGGAUUUUAGAUGGUUAUACCGCCAGUUGCAAAACAAUCAUUGGGGUAAAGUAAUACCUCCUCCACCAGAGAAGCAGUCAGUGGGUAGUUUCAAACAAGAUUUUAUCGAGAAUAGGAGAUUUCAAAUGGAUGCCAUGUUAACAAAAAUCUGUCAAGACUCGAUUUUACAAAAAGACAAAGAUUUUCUUCUGUUCUUAACCAGUGAUAAUUUUAGUUCUGACUCUAAAAGUAGGGCGUACGCAACCGGAUCAGGCGCUAUUAAUGAUAGUAAUGACUUAUCAGAAAUUCGUAUAAGUGAAAUAAAGCUGCUAGGCGCAGAAGACGCAGCCGAUGUAUUGAAAAAUGGUGGUAUUGAUGCUGAGUCACACAAGGGGUUUAUGAGUAUAUCGUUUACGUCGCUACCUAAGUAUAAUGAAACAGAUGAAUUCUUCAUUGAAAAAAAAAGAAAAUUGGAUGAAUUGGAAGACAGCUUGAAAAAAUUGGGCAAAUCGUUGGAGAUGGUCGACACUUCAAGAAACAGUCUUGCUGCAUCCACUGAUGAAUUCUCUGGAAUGAUAGAAACUUUAGCGUCUUUAAGCGUAAGUGAACCUAAUUCAGAACUGUUGAAUAAUUUUGCUAAUGCUCAUAGAAGCAUAAAGAGCUCUCUUGAGAGAAGCUCUUUGCAAGAAACGUUGACUAUGGGUGUAAUGCUAGAUGAUUAUAUUAGAUCAUUGGCUAGUGUGAAAGCCAUUUUCAACCAGAGAGCUAAACUGGGGUAUCUUUUGGUAAUUAUAGAAAAUGAUAUGAAAAAGAAACAUUCACAGUUAGAGAAAAUGGGCCAAAAUAUUCAUUCGGAAAAAUUCAAAGAAACUAAAAAGGAAUUUUUAACUUUUGAGAGGCGUUAUAACCUUACAAAGACGAAAUGGCAAGAAGUUGGUGAAAGGAUAAAGGAUGAAUUUCAAAACUUUUCUAUUGACAAGAUUCGGGAGUUUCGGAACGGCAUGGAAAUAUCGCUAGAGGCAGCCAUUGAAUCUCAAAAGGAGUGCAUUGAACUUUGGGAAACAUUCUACCAAACUAGUCUUUAG